GUGUCAAAUAUCAGGGUAGAAUCUGUCAAGAUAUUUCGAUAUUUGUUACCUAAUACUUUUGUGUAACAACUUCGGAGAGUAGUUUUUAUCAUCCGAAAUGGCUGUUAGUUUUGUACAAAAACGAUUCAUGUCCAGCGCUUUAAAAAAAUGGGCUUACAACCUUUCCGGUUUCAACAAGUACGGACUAUGGAGGGACGAUGUCCGUUAUGUUGAUGAAGAUGUCAGUGAAGCGCUAAAGAGAGUUCCCCAGAGCGUGAUAGAUGAAAGAAACUAUCGUAUUUUACGAGCUACGCAAUUAUCAAUCCAGAAGGAUAUUUUACCCAAAGACCAGUGGACUAAACUCGAAGAUGAUAAGUUAUAUCUUACUCCCUUCGUUGAAGAAGUAAGAAAGGAAAAGGAAGAAAAAGAAGAAUGGAAUAAAAACUUCUGAAUUUGCAGUUCUGUAGGGUUUUGUGUAUAAAUUUCUUGUAAUAAAUUAUGUAGGUAACUCC